AUGUUAACUCUCUCUCUCUAUCUCUCUCUCUAUCUCUCUCUCUCUCCGAAACUACCAACCAAACAACAAUUUUUAAAAAACAGAUUUAAUUUCAGGCCACCUCUAGAUCAGAAUGUUCCUCCUAUAUAUCUUUUCGGUUUUCUUUUAUUUUUUUCUCUUUUCGGUUUUCUUUUCUUUUUUUUCUCUUUUCGAUUUUCUUUUCUUUUUUUCUCUUUUCGGUUUUCUUUUUUCUCUUUUCGAUUUUCUUUUCUUUUUUUCUGUUUUCUAUUUCUUUUCUUUUUCUCUUUUCUCUUUUCGGUUUUCUUUUUCUUUUUUUCUCUUUUCGAUUUCCUUAUCUUUUUUUCUCUUUUCGAUUUUCUUUUCUGUUUUUUCUCUUUUCGAUUUCUUUUCUUUUUUUCUCUUUUCGAUUUUCUUUUCUUUUUUUCUCUUUUCGAUUUUCUUUUCUUUUUUUUCUUUUUUCGAUUUUCUUUUCUUUUUUUCUCUUUUCGAUUUCCUAUUCUUUUUUUCUCUUUUCGAUUUUCUUUUCUUUUUUUCUCUUUUCAGUUUUCUUUUCUUUUUUUCUGUUUUCUCUUUCUUUUCUUUUUCUUUUUCCCUUUUCUCUUUUCGUUUUUUUUUUCUCUUUUCGAUUUUCUUUUAUUUUUUUCUCUUUUCGGUUUUCUUUUCUUUUUUUUUUCUUUUCGAUUUCCUUUUCUUUUUUUCUCUUUUCGAUUUCCUUGUCUUUUUUUCUCUUUUCGAUUUUCUUUUCUUUUUUUUCUCUUUUCGGUUUUCUUUUCUUUUUUUCUCUUUUCGGUUUUCUUUUUUCUCUUUUCAGUUUUCUUUUCUUUUUUUCUGUUUUCUAUUUCUUUUCUUUUUCUCUUUUCGGUUUUCUUUUUCUUUUUUUCUCUUUUCGAUUUCCUUGUCUUUUUUUCUCUUUUCGAUUUUCUUUUCUUUUUUUCUCUUUGUAAUUUUCUUUUCUUUUUUCCAUUUCGUUUUUGCUUUCUUUUUUUCUAUUUUUGGUUAUCUCUUUUCGGUUGUCUUUUUUUUUCUCUUUUUAGUUUUCUUUUUUUCUUCUUCUCUUUUUGGUUUUCUUUUUUCUCUUUUCAGUUUUCUGUUUUCUCUUUCUUUUCUUUUUCUUUUUCUCUUUUCGGUUUUCUUUUCUUUUUUCUUUUUUUCUCUUUUCGGUUUUCUUUUUUUCUUCUCUUUUCGGUUUUCUUUUUUUCUCUUUGCCUUUCUUUUCUUUUUCUAGUAGAAGAGAAAAUGGAAUCCACUUCCGCAAAGGCCUUCACAUUUGGUGUGACCCGCUAUCCAUAUGGAUUUAAAAAUGGCAAUGGUAUCAAGAAUUCUAUGCAGAUUGAUUUCCGAAUGCAAAGCAUUUAUUUUAUGGACAAAAUAACCAUCCAUGUCAUCAUUCCAUUUAUUGACAUUAUUGAAAGUGACAGUAAUGAGAAUAAUUUUUCCAUAAAAAUCCAAACAAAACACAGCAAGUUUAAAUUCACUACAAACUCUGAACACAUAGCAGAAAUUGAAAGACUGAUUUCAACGAUUAUUCAAGGAAAUAAAUUUAGAUCAAUACAAACUGAAAUACCUUCAUUUCCAGAGGAAAUUCCCAGUACCCCAGAUUUGCAAGGCUCAGAACCUUCAAUCAUAUCAGUGAUAAACAAACGAAAAGUUUUAAAAGAAGGAAUUGUAGAAAAAAAAGGAAACGCAGCUAUUGUACGGUGGUCAAAACGAUUUUUACGUGUGGAAGAAAGAGAAUUCUCUUACUAUGAACCAAAUAAAGAAGAGGAUCCUUUGGGUGUGGUACAGAUUAAUAGCUCAACCGAAAUUGAAGCAAUAUCAACAGAAAAGGACACUUUUGUUAUUACUGUCGGCAAAAGAUCUUAUUUUUUUCGUGUUAAGAAAUAUGAAACCCCUGAGAGAACAGAAGGUGAACGGAACUCAUGGAUCCUUGCAUUCAGAGAAGCAUGCAGCCAGGAAAGAUUUAUAAGAUAUUGGAUAAAAAAUCGGAAAUCUUUUUUCCCUUCUGAGAAAAAAAAAUUAAUGAGAAGCCCAUCUCCUCCUGUGGAUUAUGAUACAUAUGAUGGGAACAAGCAGUCUCAAUUAAAUCUACCAACAGAACUUGAAAUGACGACCUUUAGAAAGCCUUCAUUACCUCCAAAAGAUGCAUUACCAGUUGUUUCAGUUCCUCAAAAGUCAGGACCAAAAACUGCAGGACCCCAAAAUGAAUUAAAUGUUCCUGAAAAGAAAGGCAGAUCUCAUUCUGGGUCAAAUUUGCCAUCUCCUCAUAAACCCCCAUUGUCUCCUGUGCAUCCCAAAUCACCUUCUACAUCUCCCCUAUCACCUAAUUCUAAAUCACUUUCACUUCCAUGUCCAGUACCUUCUAGAAUUGCACCAACUCCUCCUGUGCCUCCCCCACCUCCUAUAGCUCCCCCUAUGCCAGGAUUGGCCAAGAAAUCAAAAAUUAUAUUGAAGGCUCAUUGUGACAGAAGACUUAAGCAUUUCUAUGUACCAAACAUAACUCCAAAAGAGAUGUGUAAGACUAUCUGGGGUGAUUUAACAGACAUCAGCGCAAGACUGGAUAUGAAUCUUUUAGAAGAAAAUUUCACAGAAGAAAAGAAAAUUUCUGAAUCGUUGAACAAAGAAACCAAAAGAAUUUCUUACAUGUCUCCCAAAAAAGCCCAGAAUAUUUUGAUUUUGAUGAAAUCAGAUCUGUUUAUUCAAACUGUUUACAACAUAGAAGAAGUGAUCAAUUCUAUUACACCACCUGAAGAUGACAAAAUCGACCAAAUCCAGAAAAUUCAGAAGUACCAACCAGUAAAAGAUGAGAUUGAAUUGUAUCAGAAACUGAUACAAGAUAAAACUUCAUUUGGCAAAGCUGACAAGAUUAUGGCAUUGUUGUCUUCAAUUCCCUGUCUGCAGAAAAGGCUGGAACUGAUCCUUAAUGUGUGGUCAUUUGAAAGUCAAUAUGAAGAAUUUAUUGAGUUUAUUAAGCUGUUGAUCAAUGCCUGCAGUGAGAUUUUAAAUUCAAAGAAAUUCCCCAAAGUUUUGGAAUACUUGCUGGCCAUUUUUAAUAUCAUGAACACUUCAGGUUCAGCUAGUAAUGCCGCUGCGAUACAAGGAUUUCAUUUGAAAUUCCUCACAGAAUUAAAAAGCAUCCACAAUGCAAGCAGCUUCUCUCUUUUGAAAAUGUUGGUCUGUCAACUUAAUAAAAGCAGUCCAGAGCUUUUAGACUUCCACAAAGAGUUCAGCACAGUUAUGAAAUGUGCAAAAAUAUCUGUCAAAGCCAUUCAUGCUAAUAUUGAAGUUCUUAAAAAGGAUUUAAAAUCCAUUUCAAAUAAUUUAAAAUCGAUUCAGUCAAUGAUAGAGAAACCAACAGCCAAAGAGAAGGAAUUUUUCUCUCAACUCAAGAUACACCCAGGACUAGUUAAAGAGAAGCCAGAGACACGCACAUCCCUUCAAAAUUUCUUCUUCUUCUUCUUCUUCUUCUUCUUCUUCUUCUUCUUCUUCUUCUUCUUCGUCGUCGUCGUCGUCGUCGUCGUCUUCUUUCUUCUUCGUCUUCUUUCUUCUUCUUCAUCUUCUUCUUCUUCAUCUUCUUCUUCUUCUUCAGUGUUUCAAUAUUUUUCAUAUUUCUUCUUCUAA